AGGGCUCUGCGGGUGCUGGUGGAUAUGGACGGGGUGCUGGCCGACUUCGAGGGAGGCUUCCUCAAGAAGUUCAGGGCCAGGUACCCCGACAAGCCCUACAUUGCCCUGGAGGACCGGAGGGGCUUCUGGGUGUCGGAGCAAUACGGGCGCCUGGGACCUGAGCUGAGUGAGAAAGCCAUCAGCAUCUGGGAAUCCAAGAACUUCUUCAUGGAGCUGGACCCACUCCCAGGGGCUGUGGAAGCUGUGAAGCAAAUGGCAAAUUUGGCAGACACCGAUGUGUUCAUUUGCACCAGCCCGAUCAAGAAGUACCGCUACUGCCCUUAUGAGAAGUACGCCUGGGUGGAGAAGCACUUCGGCCCCGAGUUUCUCGAGCAGAUCGUUUUGACGCGAGAUAAGACGGUGGUUUCUGCUGACCUGCUUAUAGACGACAGACCUGAUAUAACAGGGGCCGAGCUGAACCCCAGCUGGGAGAACGUGCUCUUCACGGCCUGCCACAACAAGCACCUGCAGCUGAAGCCCCCCAGCCGCAGGCUGCAGUCCUGGACCGACGACUGGAAGGCCCUUUUG